AUGUUUUAUACCUUCAGACCUACACAAGGAGGCUUUUCAACUAGAAAGUUCAUAUGGUGAAUCCGCAGCUGUCGUAGAUAUCGAGUCAGACUUCUUAUUGCUUGGUGCCUUAUAAUUCCUAUCUACAGAGAUGUAAUUUUCCAGCCCUUCUAUAGGUUUCUCAAUUGGGCAUAUUGAAAAAUAGUGUUUCUAUGCAAACCGCAAGUAUAUCGAACUUAUAAUUAUGACGUUAGAAGCCCUCACGUAUGGGGAGUUGUCACAGAAGAACCUCCUCAAGAAGGCAUUAGAAGGUGGUCUAUGGACCCAAAAGAAAAAAUUGAAAACAAAGCAAAUGAUUUCAUAAUUUCAGAAUUCAAAGAAACUUAUAAGCUGGACAUUUUUAGGACAAUGGGCUAUAUAACCCAUCCUUCAAGAGAAACAAAUGCAGUCGUUGAAGGAGCUUUAUUGCAAGAACACCAAAACAAAAUUGCAGAUAGCAUGAUGAUAAAAAUAGCUGAAGAGUGUGUGAGAAAAGGGGUAUGGAAAGAUAUUAAUGAAGCUUUUGUGGAGAGAGAAAAAUUGAGGAAAAAAAUGAGGAGAAAGGACCUUAUGGAGAUGGAAGCAGUCAAAAUUUAA